AUGUCUCGCUUCGGGCGCUCCGGCCCGCCGCCGAUCCGCGACACCUACUCCCUCCUCGUCCUCAACAUCACCUUCCGUACCACCGCCGAUGACCUUUUCCCGCUCUUCGACAAGUACGGCGAGGUCGUCGACAUCUACAUCCCUAGGGACCGCAGGACUGGCGACUCGCGAGGGUUUGCCUUCGUGAGGUACAAGUAUGAGGACGAGGCGCAGAAGGCAGUUGAUCGCCUGGAUGGGAGGUUGGUGGAUGGGAGGGAGAUGAUGGUGCAGUUUGCCAAGUACGGCCCAAAUGCUGAGCGGAUUCAGAAAGGGAGAAUCAUGGAAACUGUCCCGAAGCCAAGGGGUCGUUCCAGAAGCCGCAGUCCAAGACGGGGGUACCGGGAUGAUCAUCGGGGCAGAGAUUCUAGAAGGCGAAGUCGGAGUCGGAGUGGAGAUAGAUAUGGACGUGACAGGUACAGAGAGAGGGAUCAUCAUCGUCGUAGCAGGAGUCGUAGCGCUAGUCCUGAUGAUUACAAGAGGCGUGGCAGAGACAGAAGUCCUAGUCGUAGCAGGAGCCGCAGCUACAGUCCUGAUGAUGACAGGAAGGGUGGCAGAGACAGUUUGUCGCCUGCACGCAGAAGCACUAGUCGCUCCCCUCUCAAGACACCACCUCCUCGCAAGACACCACCUCCUCGCGAGGGGUCUCCUGCUAGGCGCAAUGAUGACCGGUCUCCUGUUGGGCGCAAUGAUGACCGGUCUCCAGGCUCUCGUAGCCCUUCAACAUGA